AUGCCUGAGGGCCAGAAGUCCCCUUCAGAGAGGCUGGCCAACAUUGAGCGUAAGCUGAUUGCCUUUGGCCACCAAACUACCUCCAACUUCACGGUAUUCCGCAUGGUGGAGCGUGUGGCUGCGUCCAUCACCAGCCAGCCCUUCAAGCAGUCAACCCCAGCUUCCAGGGGCUGGAUUCUCCCCCAGACCUCACAGAGCACACCGGGCCGUUGGGUGGAGGCCAAGGCCAAGUUGCAGGCUGGUUACUGCUUCCACUCAGGGGCUGCUGCUCCACCCCCCACAGGCCCGGGGAUGUCGUUUGUCCCACUAAUGAGCCUCAGUCAGAGGACCCUCUCCUGGAACCGCCCCUCCCUCACCCGUGGAAAGAGGCCCCAAUUGGGGAGCCAGCAGAUGGGUGGAACUUGUGUGGUUGGUAAGAGUUCGAGGAGAUCACACCUGUUUGAUGUAAAGGACCUGGAUCCUGCUACAGCCCUGCUGCAGAAUGUCUUCCCUCUGCAAACGGGCAUGAAGGAGCGCCCUCCAGAGGGCCUGAAACUCGAAGGGUCUAAGUGCAAAGGGCAGCUGCUGAUUUUUGGGGCAACCAACUGGGACUUGAUCGGUCGGAAGGAAGUGCCUAAACAGCAAGCUGCGUACCGCAAUCUCGGUCAGAACCUGUGGGGUCCCCACAGGUAUGGGUGCCUGUCGGGGGUCCGCGUGCGGACCGUGGUCUCGGGUUCCUGCGCAGCGCACAGCCUCCUCAUCACCACGGAAGGGAAGCUGUGGAGCUGGGGUCGCAAUGAGAAGGGGCAGCUGGGCCACGGCGACACCAAGAGGGUGGAAGCUCCCAGACUCAUCGAGGCCCUCAGCCAGGAGGUGAUUGUGCUGGCGGCGUGCGGGCGCAACCACACCCUGGCACUGACUGAAACGGGCUCCGUGUUCGCUUUUGGGGAGAACAAGAUGGGGCAGCUGGGCCUCGGCAACCAGACAGACGCCGUCCCCAGUCCUGCACAGAUAAUGUACAACGGCCAGCCAAUUACCAAGAUGGCCUGUGGGGCUGAAUUCAGUAUGAUAAUGGACUGCAAAGGAAAUCUCUAUUCCUUCGGGUGCCCUGAGUUUGGCCAGCUGGGACACAACUCGGAUGGGAAGUUUAUCGCCCGGGCGCAGCGGAUAGAGUAUGACUGCGAGCUGGUGCCCCGGCGGGUGGCCAUCUUCAUCGAGAAGACGAAGGACGGGCAGAUCCUGCCCGUCCCCAACGUGGUGGUGCGGGACGUGGCCUGCGGCGCCAACCACACGCUGGUACUGGACUCACAGAAGCGCGUCUUCUCCUGGGGCUUCGGUGGCUAUGGCCGGCUGGGCCACGCGGAGCAGAAGGACGAGAUGGUGCCUCGCCUGGUGAAGUUGUUCGACUUCCCCGGGAGAGGGGCGUGCCAGAUCUACGCCGGAUACACCUGCUCGUUUGCCGUCAGCGAAGUGGGCGGGCUGUUUUUCUGGGGGGCCACCAACACCUCCCGGGAGUCCACCAUGUACCCGAAAGCAGUCCAGGACCUCUGCGGCUGGAGGAUCCGGAGCCUGGCCUGCGGGAAGAGCAGCAUCAUCGUGGCAGCAGACGAGAGCACCAUCAGCUGGGGUCCGUCACCGACCUUCGGGGAACUGGGCUACGGGGACCAUAAGCCCAAGUCUUCCACGGCAGCCCAGGAGGUGAAGACUCUGGACGGCAUCUUCUCAGAGCAGGUGGCCAUGGGCUACUCGCACUCCUUGGUGAUCGCACGGGACGAGAGUGAGACUGAGAAGGAGAAGCUCAAGAGGCUGCCGGAGUACAACCCGCGCACCCUCUGAGGGCGCCCCCUCGCCGCAGCUCAUUCCAAGUGCACUGGGACCGGAAGUCCAACCGGGUUUAGGAAGCAGACGUUGACCGAAGGUGCAUUUUGUUAAGACUCCCCAAGGUUCUGUUUUCUACGUGAUUCAACGUCAACUACCUUUUUCUGUAUGCUUUCCAAAGUGGUUUUUUCCCCCCUCAAUGUUUAAUUAAAAUAUUUGCUCAUAGUUGACUUACCAUUCCUACAUACGAGGCAGAGACUUUGAGCAGUUGAAGUUUUUUAAGUGGCAUUUCUUUUCUCCCUCACCUAAAUCUGCUCGCCCCCACCUCCCAUUCCAGCUGUAAGUAGCAUUGUGAUCUGAAGGGGCCACGCAGGACAGGAGAGGCUGGCCCUGGUGGCCGGUCCCCUCCGCAGCCACGUGCGUGCUGUGGAGCACCCGGGUCUCCUGCCUGCUCUCCCUCAGCCGGGACCCGCCCGCGCUGUCCCAGCCUCCUUCCCUGGCUGCUUGUGCACCCCACCGCCUCUGGUCUCAAAGUCAGCACUGUCCUGUCCCCCCUGGUGGGGGCGCUGAGGUUCGUUUGUGACCAUUUUUAUCAACUUCAGCUGUAAGAUAAGUCCAGAUGAGAAUCAGGUGAUUGGGGGAGGUGGGGGCAGCGGUGGGGAACAUUUGUAUCUGGGAAGGGGGGUUCUGGCUUUGUGGCUAUCUGUCAAGUCCCUGCCUGGCCACCAGCGGGAGCUCCUUAGAGAUGGACCAGCCAGCUGCCAGUGCUCCGGCCGCCUGCCGCAGACCAGCCUGUUGCCUCUGUCCCCACUGCCUCCGGUGCAGCCUGCCUGGGACCCCUGCCCUGCGCUCUCCAUGUUUGGGGCUCCAGAAGAAGUGCCCUGCUCUGUGGCUGAGACUGCCGCCUGCAUCCCUGACCCGUGUCCUGCCCAAGCCGGGCCCCCAGACGGUGCGGCGUGAGUGACGAGGUGCCUUCCCCAGAACCCGAGCAAGGCGGCAGCGCGGCUGGGCUCUGGGUUCCCGGGGCUCUGGACUGGUUUGGGUGCUUUAAGUAGAUUUUAGUACCGUGGUGCUUCUGGGGCCGGGGGUGGGGGAAGGCAGGGCCUAGUGUGAGACUGGGGGGUAGGAACAUGACAUACUGGUUUUCAGCAUUUGUUUUUGCUUUGCUAUUGUUUCCACUUGUCAUUGUCUCGAAGUUAAAAUGCCAAAAAUGAUCUGUCUGGUGGAUUGCUUUUCUCCUGCCCUCCUGCCCAUCACUCCAUAGUGGCUUUUGUCCUGCUGGGCAUGACAGUACCGCCAGUCCCAUGGCCUCCUGUCUUACAUGGGAUGUGAGGCUUGCAUUCACGCCGUCCCUGCCCCACCUGCACUGCUAGCAGCACGGGGCGUGGACAGCACAGGGCGUGGGCUUCCGCAGCUCAGCUUCUGUGAAACUGACCUCUGUCCAGGCUGCCCCCACCACACUGAAGCCUCAAGUGUGCAGGACCCGGGCUCUCCCCACGCAGCAGCUGCACCCUGGAGGUCACCUCCAGCUCGGGUCACAGUCCAGGAGCUGCCCUGGGCUGAGGGGGCUCGGGUCUGGGGGACACAACUAAAUCCAACAGUCCAGCAGUCACUGGCCGGUCCGGCGCCCUCCUCUGUACCCCACCCCCAGGCAUAGAGAUGUAACAUGAUUUCCACGUGGAGAAAAUGCUUGAGAAUAGGAGUUGGGGUUCCCACACCCCCAGAGGACCCCCUGGGAAUGUGCUCUCUGGGUCUGGAAAGGAGGGUCUUGGGAAGAGCGGAGGGUGAAGGGGAAUGAAAACGGCGCUGGGAUUUGGCUGAAGGUGCCUGGUUUAGUGUUGUUAAUUGUCUUAUUUUUUUUAUAUAUAUAUUUCUUGGAGUAAACAUUUUAAAUAAACUGCAUCAUUGUU